GCCCACAGCCAUUUGAACCAUUUGGUCCAGGUCAUUCAAGGUCGUAGAGGCAGAUUUAAUCUAAACCUGAGUCUUUAAAAUGGACUACUUGACGUGCUAGUUACUGGAAAUUCAUCAUACUAUACAUCCAUCAUUUAUAGCUCUUGGGUUCAUGGUGCAUCAAAACCCUGUUUUGCAAUUCUUCCUGUUUGUGUGGACUUUACAUGUCUCAUCAUCAUCAUCUAUACCGUGGCCACCAAAAGAAAACUAUUUUGAUCAGACUUUGGAUCACUAUAAUUUUCAAGCAAGAAACUUGACUUUCAAACAGCGUUAUCUGUAUGAAGAUAAAUGGUUCAAACCAAAUGGACCCAUCUUCUUUUAUUGUGGAAACGAAGGAGGAAUCGAUGGGUUUUGGAACAAUACAGGGCUAAUAUUCGAAUUAGCACCUAGUUUUAAUGCUUUCGUCCUGUUUGCUGAACAUAGAUACUAUGGGAAAAGUCUCCCAUUUGAUAAAAGCUUCCAGCAGCCAUAUAUUCAAUACCUUUCAGUUGACCAAGCGUUAGCAGAUUAUGCUUACUUAAUUGAAGGUAUCAAAAGUAAAUUCAAUAUAAGUAGAUCCCUUGUUGUUGCAUUUGGUGGAAGCUAUGGAGGCAUGCUUGCAGCGUAUAUGAGGGCUAAAUAUCCCCAUAUAAUUAAAGGUGCUUUAGCUGCAAGUGCACCAGUUAGAUGGGUUGCAGGUGAGGGGAAUUUUCACGACUUUUUUGAACGUGUCACUAAGGACUACCAUGAUGUUGAUCCAAAAUGUUCAGAGAAGAUUAAAAACGCCUUUAAUUUAGCUGUUCAGCUAUCUCAGAAACCUGAUAUCGGUUACAAACAACUCUCUAAUGACCUACGGUUAUGUAAACCUGUCCAAAAUGAUUUCGAAUUUUACUGGGUACUGAAAUGGGCUCGCAAUGCAUUUGUUAUGAUGGCUAUGUUAGAUUAUCCCUACAAGGCAUCAUUUAUGGCAAGUCUACCUGCUAAUCCUGUAAAUGUCUCGUGCAAAAUUGCGUUAUCAGUCGCUGAUCUCAUUCCGACCCUUCGUGAGGCUGUUGGAGUUUUCUACAACAGUUCACAAUCUCUCUCGUGUUUCGACUAUAAAACACAGUUUAUUGAGUGCGCUGAUAUAACAGGAUGUGGUCUAGGCAGUGAUUCACUUGCUUGGGAUUUUCAGAGUUGUACAGAGAUGAAUUUACACGAUGACUCAGAUAGUACUACAAAUGAUAUGUUCACCUCUUUACCUCUAACAAAACAACAAGUAACAAGUUAUUGCCAACGAAGGUGGGGUGUUACACCAGCAUUUAAUCAAUUGUCAACAUUUUAUGGUGAUAAUAUUUGGAAAACUUCAAGCAAUAUCAUAUUUUCAAAUGGGAAUUUGGAUCCAUGGAUGGGUGGUGGAAUUUUAACUGAUCAAUCAGAGAAAGUCAUCUCCUUGGUACUAGAUGGUGGAGCUCAUCAUCUUGAUUUAAGAUCACCAGAUCCAAACGACCCGCCAUCAGCACGUCAAGUUCGUCAAAUUGAGGUACAAACAAUUCGUUCAUGGCUUGAUUUAUGAAACUUCUAAAUAUUCUUACUACACUUUGUAAUCUUUUUCUUUCUUUCCAAGUGAAUCAUAUUCUUCAUUCUGUUCAUUACUAUUUUUAUCUUCCCAAGGAAAUAUCAUUAUUAUCUUGUGAUUAUAAUUACUAAAUUUUUCUGAUUUGUACCCAGUGCCCCUAGAUUAUUGAAUAUUAAAUAAAAAUUAUUUUAUUAUUGUGAUAUUCUUGACCAGUAUUGUUUUAGCAUUCCAUUCUAUUGUACGGUAAAUAUAACUCAUAAGCCAUGCACUUAUGCUUGUAUAAGAUAGUUAUCUCGAUUUAGUAUAUGUAAACCAAGAGCAUUAGCUAUACAAUUCCAUGACAGAUGUUUUUAAUAGGAACACCAAAUCGCUUACAAAUCAUCUAUUGAUAUGAAUGUUUUGUAGGUAUCAUUACCAAAGUUUGACUUGAUAAUUUCGAAUAAAUUAAGCAUUGGGAUAGAUUGUUAUAAAUAAAUUAAUAUAUUUGUAGUAUUCCACUUCUUCAAAAUUGGCUUACACUGAGUCACGAAACGUCAGAAAACUUUAUUUUUCUACUCAUUGGGAUAUUACAAAUAUAAUAAAUUUAUUUAUUGUUAGGUUUUAUGUUAGUAGUUGUCAUUAGUUUUUCUUGAGAACACUCCAUCAUUUUUUAAAAACUACAUUCUUAUCAAUACACUUUACUCAUUCAACUAUUGAAACGUGUCAAAAUCAGGGUUAUUUGUAUUCUUAAUUAGUUAACCGAUUAAUUAUAAUUAAGCGUGCAGAUCAUUAAAUACGAAUAUAUUAUAAUUGUCUAUGAAUCACAGUAAUACGAGAUCUAUCUUAUGCUGGUUCAAUUUCAUUUAUUAAAAAAAGCACUUAAAAUCUGUCUGAAUUAAUCAUCCCAUCAUCAAAAAGUAUAUCUGUUUAACUAUUUUUGGAUAAACCAUAUAUAAAUAACAACCAAAUUUUCUUGAGCAUAAAUCGAAUAUCGAUCCACU